ACGAGUAAAGGGCUGCGACACUUCUCCCUCCUUAUCCUUGUCGCACCAUUGCUUAUUGACUCCGGACGUUGCGACAUGAUCAAUCACCCUUAUACGAGCGACCAUUGACGGGCUCUCCUGGUCGCAUUUGUACAACUAGCAAUAUGGCCUCUUCGGUAGGCUCAGAUGUGUUUGCGCUGUUGGCAUUCUUGAUGAUCUCGAUCGCGGUCCUCCUUCUUCUACGACAUUACCUUCCUCUACGAACGACUCCUGCGUUCCUACUAGUUCCGAUAUACCUCGCCCUUGUCCUUCCCGUCAGUGCUAUCCUUCUAGUCCCGAUCGACCUCGCUUCCAGUGCGCAUGAGCAAGAACAUGGCGACAAAGGGAUAUGGCUACCAGCCAGGGCGGUCCUGGUUUCGUGGAGGAUCGUAUACUGGCUGACCUUCAUGUUGACAUGGGUGGUGCUGCCUCUCUUAGCAGAAUACAUGGAUGCUGGAUACCGCGACCCUAAGGCUCGCAUGAUAUACUCUCUACGGUCCAAUGGCAAAUACCAACUCAUCGUCAUCUCAUGCGGUGUCGUCGGCUUGAUCUACAUGAUCUUCUCCUACGGAUUCGACUUCACGGCCAUAAGGGGGUUGGUUAUGGCGCUGGCAUAUGUAUGGGGCUUGAUGCUUGCCAUUUACCUCAUGGGUCAUGGUCUCGUCGCGAUACCCAGGAAGAUGUUCCGCAAAGCAGACAUUGCCGGUAGUUUGCGCCGUGUGCAAGCCCAGGCGCCUAAGGUUCACGAAAAGUUGGAAGAAGCCAUUGUCGCAUUGGAUGAACUGGAGGCGCAAGUUAUGCAAUUGAAGCAAAGGAAGACGGGAACAGCUCGCGACUUUCAGGAAUGGAUAGACGAAUUGGUCGAUAUGACCGGUCAGCCCGAGAGUCGAAUUUUCGCAAACCUGACCACCAUUGACGCUUCGGCCAAAGUCCCAGCGGUCAUCACGGAACGAUAUCUAGCCGACCUGACUCGAAGGCUCGUACGAGCACGACAUCGCCGAGCCAGAUACAUCCAUGAAUGGGACAGCAUCGUCCAGACAGCGUCCGAUCUACAAACGAUCAUGGACUCCAAAGCCUCCAGAAAGUUGGACUUUGGCCGAUCAUCAUCGCGCUUAAACUUCAUGACGCCGUUCAUGCGCUACCACCUACACGUCCACAUCAUACCAGCACUUCAUAUCGUCUUGGGAGGCAUUUUAUCCCUCGCCUCCGUCGCCGUGAUAUGGUCCGAAAUCAUCAAAUUCCCAGCACCUCAACUCUCAGUCGUCAGUCUGACAGUCAUCCACCACCCCAGCAACAAGAACUACCUAAUCGGUCUGGGCGGCCAACUCCUGGCAUCCAUGUGGAUCACAUACAUGUGCGUAUGUGCCCUCAGCAGCGUCAACGACGUUCCGACCUGGAAUCAACGAGCCCUCGUCAAGCGCAACACAUACGCCGAGUCGGCAUGCUGGUACGCCGGACAAAUCGCCAAAUUGACAGUGCCAUUAGCCUACAACUUCCUCACUUUUCUGCCGGAAGACGUUCAGAAAGCAUCCACAUUCUACCAGUUCCUCGGUCGACUGAUCAAUUUGACUCCGUUGGGGACAUGGUUCGACUAUUUGUUCCCCAUCUUCGUUUUGAUACCCGUCUGUGCCGCACUGUUCAACUUGUACGGCCGAAUCAAGAACGUUUUCGGGUUUGAUAUUCUCGAGGACGACGAGGAGGCCGAGAAUCCAUCUGGUUAUGGGACCGGCGGGUGGCGUGAAGGCCGCGACCUGAUCGCGCGUGAUCUUCAGGGUAAUCGGACGACAACACUGGGUCUAAGCGACUCGCCGCGGCCGUCGCUUGACACUGCGCGACCUUCAGGGGCACCGACGAGAUGGGUUCCGCCUGCACAGCGCAGUGCCGCCAUAGGGGGCGCGACGUCUUCCAGACCAACUGCUCGAGCGGCGCUCGAUCCGGAGCCCGACGAGGAGAACUUCUUUACGCUUUUUGGCCGCAGAGUCAAGAAUACGAUUGACACGAUCGACACGCCGAAAUGGAUGCAGCCUUCUUCCCGGUCCGGAUCAGGCUUCAAGGUGCCGAAAUGGAUGGGCGGAUCUGCAUCUGGGAAUGCUGAUAACGACUCUGCGCCUUCGAGUAAUCAAUCUGGUCAGAGUAAUAACGUCCUCGGGCUGUUUGGCUCGCGGAAUGCUGAUGGACGGAUCAUGUUAUAACAUUUGAUAUAGAGAUUACUUUAGACAUUGUGCAGCAAUACUAAUGAUUGACGUCUUUCACAUAUUCAACAAACUUCUGGCUUCUGACCAACACGAUCAUCAUCUUGAGUACUCCUUACUACAAGCUUGAGAUCAUUACCUGUACAUUGUACAUUGUGGAUUGAUACUGCAACCCCUUAGCGAAGACCUAAU